AUGACGGGCGGACGGUUCGACUUCGACGAUGGUGGCACUUAUUGCGGCGGAUGGGAGGACGGCAAAGCCCACGGACACGGCAUCUGCACGGGACCCAAGGGUCAGGGCGAGUAUGCCGGGUCCUGGUCCCACGGCUUUGAGAUAGUGGGGGUUUACACCUGGCCCAGCGGGAACACGUACCAGGGCUACUGGUCGCAGGGUAAACGGCACGGGCUGGGAGUCGAGACCAAGGGAAAAUGGAUGUAUCGUGGGGAGUGGAGUCACGGGUUCAAGGGUCGCUAUGGGGUCCGGCAGAGCACCAAUACACCUGCCAGAUACGAUGGGACGUGGAGUAAUGGAUUGCAGGAUGGCUAUGGGGUCGAAACGUAUGGGGAUGGUGGCACUUAUCAAGGCCAGUGGAUGGGGGGCAUGAGGCACGGUUAUGGGGUUCGCCAAAGCGUGCCUUACGGAAUAGCAACAAUUAUCCGUUCUCCUCUUCGCACCUCUCUGGCCUCCUUGCGAAGCAAUGGCACCGUGCAGAGCAAUGGCACCGUUUUGCAAGAUUCUGUUGCAGACACACCGGUUGGCACUCGCGGUGGUUUCGUGUUGAAUUUUCACAAUGAUACCGAAGUCGCCACGGGCAAGAAGAAGGGCCUGUUUCGCCGCGGGUCUCUCUUUGGCAGCCUUCGCCAGCUCCGUAAAUCCGACUCCAAGACGUCCAUCUCUAGCAAACAGAGUGCUGCGCGGAGCGACGCCACCAUGAGCCGCAUCAGCUCCAGCGAUGCCAACUCCACCAUCAGCUAUGGGGAUGGAGAGGUGCACGAUGAGUACAUGCCCAUGGAGGACCAUGUGGACGCCACCACCACUGAGUCUUACAUGGGCGAGUGGAAGAAUGACAAACGCAAUGGUUUUGGAGUCAGCGAGCGAUCCAAUGGGUUGAAGUAUGAAGGGGAAUGGUUGAACAACAAGAGGAAUGGAUACGGAUGCACGAUAUUCCCGGAUGGAACCAAAGAAGAGGGGAAGUAUAAAAAUAACGUACUGGUGCGUGGAAUAAGGAAGCAGCUUAUUCCUCUUAAAAGUCAUAAAACUAAAGAAAAAGUGGACAGGGCCGUGGAGGGUGCUCGAAGGGCGUCAGCUAUCGCCAGGACUAAAGUGGAAAUAGCUGUUUCAAGGACGACCCAUGCCAGAACAAAGAGUGAAUCAGCAGACCAAGCCGCACUUGCAGCAUGUCAAGAAUCGGAUCUGGCCAGAGCCGUUGCUCGAGAAUUAUCUCCAGGUUUCUAUCAACCAGGUCUUGACUAUAUCAAACAGAAGUUCACUGAGCCAGUAGAGGAGAUUAAGGAGGAACCGCCAAAGGAGGAGGAAAAGGGGGAAGAGAAGGAGGAGGAGAAGUCCGGCAGCCCUUUCUAUCGGCGUGGCACGACUCCCUCUCAUUCUCCCGCUCGGGGCAAAACCCCAUCACCUCCUUCCUCCCCCCAAAAGAGCCAGCCAGCCAACUCCAGCAUCACACGGAAGAUAAGCAAAGACAACAGCGUCCCAACCAGAAAGAUAAGCAAAGACAACAGCGUCCCAACCAGAAAGAUAAGCAAAGACAGUAGCAGUGUAGCUCGCAAGAUAAGCAAAGAAGAGAGAGCUACGAUCGUGGCUGAGAUCGCCAAAGUGACCGUGCCUGCUCCUGUACAGCACUUCAAACUGCAGGACGUUCCCCCGCCAAAGCCCCCCAAGGCACCGGAGCCCGUGUCCAGAUCUGGACAAACGGGUAAUGGGCAGCUACAUGCUGCUUAUCACAGUUACUAUGUGAAACCAGUGGUACAGAAACCUCCUCCAGAGGAACCAGAAGAUGAAGAGCCUGAGAUGACACAAUCCAGCCUGGCCAGGAUGCCACCGCCGCCUAAAACGGUCAUGACACCAACUCCCAAGAUCAGGAAACAAGAAUCUAUCAAACCAAAGAGCUUAGCAGAAACCAAGAAAGCCAGCAUGGAUGACGCCAACGAAACAUCAGAGCAAGAAUCCGGCCCCAACUCGAUUUUGGUCGUCAUGGUAAUGCUUUUGAAUAUCGGAUUGGCAAUCAUUUUUGUCCAUUUCUUGACCUGAAAGAUUGCCAUCUCUGUGUUGUUGGCUGGCAACCCGCACAGUUGUGUCAAUGACCUUUAUGAAAUCCACAUGGCACCAGAGAAUCUCCAGAAGGGCGGCGAGAUCUGAAGGAGUUGGAAACGCACGGCAUCAUCCUUGAAAACGACCUAGUCAAAUGUCAUGUGGCUCUGAAAAAAGCUUAAAAAAAGGGAAAAAUGUUUUGGAGAUAAAACUACCAUAAAAACGGGAAAAAGGAAAGCUUCAUAACGUGACUGCUGAUGGAAAGCCUUAAUAUCUGAUGUGUGAAGCCGUUCCAUGGGUCUCUGGCUUUUGGCAGAGACUUUACUGGAAAUGUUUGAUGAUGCACUUUUGCAUGAUGGGCAAGAACAGCUGCCUUACUCUUUUACCAUCUGACGUGUGAGUGGGAAAUGCGCUCGCAGUGCCAGAGGAAUGCGUACAGGGGACUUUGUUGCAAUGGGCAGGCGUAAGUUCCUGAAACCGGCGUCUCCCAUCUGACUCGCGCCCUUUCCCAACCCACCGCAGUUUCUUCUACGCAUGUGCUGCGUUUUUGAUGGAGGCUACCAGUACUGUAUCGGUCAUGUUUGUUUUCGUAUACUGUUUUUCUUUCCUUUUAUGUUCGUAUAAAAAAGUAUACCUUUCACAAGUCCCACUUAUUUGUGAGUUUUUGGUAUCACGGUAGUGUUUAAAAAAAUUAUAUUUAUUUAUAAUGUGCAAUAUGAUUUAUUUUGUACAACUACAAAAUUUUAAUAUUUUUCCAAUACGGGGCUUUGCAGUUCAGUCCUAUUUAUUCUGGUAUUCGAUAAAAGAUUAAAAUUAAGAGUGGGAUAUCUAAUUUCCCACAAUGCAAUGAGCUCGCCCACCCUGAUUAUGGCUAAACUGAAAAAGUCUUAUGAAGUGUGCUAUUUAUUGAAUUCUGGGAACUAUUUGUUGUGUUAAUGUAAAUUAGGAAUAUGCCACUGUGCAUGCAAUGUUGUGGAAGAGUUAUUGUGCUUCAAAUGUCAGGUAUUUGACAUGUGAAAGCAGGUGAGAAUUUUAAAGUAACAAAAAACAAGGCUUAGGGCUUGCUUGCAUGUUUGUGACCUUGGAUACUUUGGCUGUCAAAUGACUAAAUGCGUUCAGGUAGCGCUACAGUUAGGGUGGUGCUAGAGGAAGUAGGAUGUUGCCUUUAAAAAAAUGUCUUUAACCGUGCUUCUGUUUACCUCAAAAGAGAUAAGAAAAAAGAAAAAGCCUCAUUAGAGAUGACGUCUUUGUCUUAAAUCUGUCAUAUGCAAAUUCUGAUCUGGGAUGUGCCACUAUAUUAAAAGUGUUUAUUGUCCUAAUGACUUUAUUUUUAUUCGUUUAUAUUUAUGUGAAUUUUCCCUCUUGAAAAAGUUAAUUAUAAAAGAUUUAUAUAUUUAUUAUAUAUCGAAUUAUAGAUAUGUGACUUUGCCUGUGAAAUCCCAGCUAAAGCCAUUUACUGUUUUCUACAUAAAAUCAUUCUACAUAAUUUAAAGAACAUAUAAUAUAUUUAAAGGGGCCAUGGCAUGAAAAUCAGACUUUUUCCAUGUUUAAGUGCUAUGAUUGGGUCCCCAGUGCUUCUAUCAACCUAGAAAAUGUGAAAAAGGUCAACCCAGUAACUUUGUUUUGGUGAACCAUUCUCUGCAAGCACAUGAGAAAAUAGGUUGUUGAAAUUUGGCUCUACUUAUGAUGUCAUAAGGAGCUCUUAUUAUAAUAAUACCGCCCCUUAAUCUGCACUAUCCAAUCACAGCACUGCCAUUUAGUGCAGAGAAAAGGAGAGAGAGAAAAUAAUUCACAGCACAAUUGAGUUUCAAUUGCAACAAACUGCUCAUUUGCAUUUAAAAGGACACACCCAAAACGGCACACACCUACAAAGUGGCAAUUUUAACAUGCUAUAAUAAAUUAUCUAUGGGGUAUUUUGAGCUAAAACUUCACAUAUGUGCUCUGGGCACACCAAAGAUUUAUUUGACGUCUUAAAAAAGUCUUGUGCCAUGGCCCCUUUAAUAUUGACUGAGUAAGGUCGUGUUAAAGUUUGAAAUUAUUGUAAAAUGAUGCUUCUUAUCUCAUAAUUCGAUUAUGAGACUUUAGCCUGGAUUUUACAGAAAGUGUCACAUAUAGUUUCUAGUGUUUGGUGAGUGUAAAGGGCUUUGGGAAAUUCUUUAUCAAAUUCUAUUUGGUUUCUCUUUAUCAAACCCUCAUUUUUUUCUCGCUUUUAGUUGUUGUUUGCAUGGGGUCUUGGGUGAAAAGCACUAACGCCUGAUAAAGGGACACACCACUUUUUUUGAAAAUAUGCUCAUUUUCCAGCUUACCUAGAGUUAAACAUUUGAUUUUUACUGUUUUGGAAUCCAUUCAGGUGAUCUCCGGGUCUGGCGCUACCACUUUUAGCAUAGCUUAGCAUAAUCCAUUGAAUCUGAUUAGACCAUUAGCAUCGCGCUAAAAAAUAACCAAAGAGUUUGGAUAUCGUUCCUAUUUAUUACUUGACUCUUCUGUAGUUACAUCGUGUAAUAAGACUGACGAAAAUCAUUCUGCCGUAAUAAUCAAGGACUUUGCUGCCGUAACAUGGCUGCAGCAGGCGUAGUGAUAUUACGCAGUGCCUGAAAAUAGUCCCCUUGGUAACUUUCAAUGACAGGGGACUAUUUUCAGGCACUGUGUAAUAUCAUUGCGCCUCCUACAGCCAUGUUACAGCAGUAAAGUCCUUGAUUAUUACACCAGUUUGAGCCAUAUCGGCUUAGAAAAUCGCAACUUUUACGUUUCUGUCGGUCUUAGCACACGAUGUAACUACAGAAGAGUCAAGUUUUAAAUAGGAACGAUAUCCAAACUCUUUGGUUAUUUUUAGCGCGAUGCUAAUGGUCUAAUCAAAUUCAAUGGAUUGUGCUAAGCUAUCCAAAAUGGGAAAAAUCAAAUGUUUAAUCCUAGGGGAGCUGGAAAAUUAGUAUAUUUUCAAAAAAGUGGAGUGUCCCUUUAAUAUUAAAUAGGUGCAGGGAGAAAUUAAAUAAAUCUUAAAGAAAAAUUAUUUAAAUGUUUUUUUAUUAUUAUUCGUCAUUGGGUGAACUUUUGGCAUCUUCAGGCAUCUGUGUUUUAUAUUGGGCAUUUAUCAAAACAAUUAUGGGCUCUUUUUAUAUACUUUCCAAAGGAGUGUUAUAUGCUUACAGUGCAGAACAAGGAAUUAUUUUUCUAAAACAAAUGUUGCAGAAGCAAAAAAGCAUUUAUAUAUUAAAGGUUUAUUGUAUUUAUAAGCAUUUUUACAGAACACAGCCAUUACAAUAAUGAAUUCUGUGAUAUUUUUCUAUGGAAAUGCACAAUUGUAUUUUGUCAAAAGCAGUAUAGAUCCUUUAUAUUAAGCAUUGUAUCACCCACAUCAAAAUUAUGACCUAUAUUUGAUUCAGUAUCAUUUCAAAUGUGGAGAAUUCUUUUUUUGGUUUAGCUUUUGAACCCUUCAUGCAGAAAAUCCCUGUAUUUUGGAGAUUUCAAGCCCACAGAGCCCCACAUAUUUCUGUCAUUUGAAAUAUUAUAAUAUUUAUCUGUACAAUAAAAAUGUUAUGACUUGUAAGUCUGCUCUUUACAUGUUUUUGUCUGUCUUCAUUAAAAAAAAAUUAUGUUAUAAAUAAAACAUCUUUGUUUGCUGA